ACACAAACACAACACAACAAACACAAACACAAACAGAGACUAUGAGUCAAACCAAGAAGAGAGGAGAUCAAAACCUUAAAAUUCAGAAAGCCAAGAAACCAAUCUUUGAAGUCUUGAUGGGAUCGAUAGUGAAGCUUAUGUUUGGAGAUAACCUAGCAACAAUCGGAUCAAACAUGGCUGGUCUCUUCUUCAUCUGGUCAACUCUCAAGAGAUACUUCCCUCGACAGAUCCAGCAGCUUCUCAUCAACGCAAUCCAACGAGUACCCAUUUUCAAGAAGCUUUCAGACAAGAUCCUCGACUUCUUCUCUCCUUAUGCUCACAUCAAGUUCAGCGAAACCGAAGAGAAUAGGUAUAACUAUGCCUUUGCAGCUGUUAAGACCUACCUUGCUGCAAAAGUUAACUCUCAAGUGAAGAAUCUUAAAGGGAGUCAGGUGAAGGAGAACACGUCUUUGGAUUUGAAAAGGGACGAUUUUAAGAUCGAAGAAGAGUAUGAAGGUGUGAGUAUGUUGUGGGAGAUAUUUAGAUGUGUUAAAGGGAAGAAACUUUGUAGGCUCACGUUUCAUAGAAGUAAUUGGGAUGUUGUCACUGGUUCUUACUUGAACUACGUUGUUGAAGAAGGGAGAUCGAUUGUGUUGAGGAAGAAGAAAGUGAAAGUGUUUAUGAACAAUCCAAGUUUGCAUUGGAAAACUCAUAUGAAAGGUCUUUGGAGUUGUAUUGAUUUCGAGCAUCCUGCAACGUUUGAUACAAUAGCUAUGGAUCUUGACAAGAAAGAUGAGAUCUUGAGUGAUCUUUUGGCGUUUAGGGAUGGUAAAGAGUAUUAUGACAGGAUUGGUAAAGCUUGGAAGAGGGGUUACUUGUUGUAUGGACCUCCAGGGACAGGUAAGUCUACGAUGAUUGCAGCAAUGGCGAAUCUUAUGAAGUAUAACAUCUAUGAUCUUGAGUUAACUUCGAUAGGAAGCAACUGGGAGUUGAAGAAGCUGUUGAUAGCUACAACUAAUAAGUCCAUUAUUGUGAUUGAGGAUAUAGAUUGUUCUUUAGACCUAACUGGAGAGAGACAAGUUAAAGAAGUGAAAGAAGAUAAAGAAGGUAAGAAGAAGGGUAAUGCAGUUACACUCUCAGGGUUAUUGAACUUUAUAGAUGGGAUUUGGUCAGCUUGUGGACAAGAGAGGAUCCUUGUCUUUACGACGAAUCAUUUGGGGAAACUUGACCAAGCUUUGAUCAGGAGAGGUCGUAUGGAUAUGCAUAUUGAACUAUCUUAUUGUACAUUUGGUGCUUUCAAGAUUCUUGCCAAGAACUAUCUGAAUCUUGAUUCACAUGUCUUGUUUGUAAAGAUUGAGUCUUUGCUGAAGGAAACGAAUAUAACACCAGCUGAUGUUGCAGAGACUCUGAUGGUGAAAGAUCGUGAAACUGGAGUUGAUGGUUCACUCAAGGCUUUGAUUCAAACUUUGGAGAAGAUCAAGUACUGCAACCAAAAGUUUUGGGCCAAUGGACAACAGAACAACAAGGAGAUUAACCAAAUUAUAAAACAGUGAGAUUCUAGUAUAUUUAUAUUGUUUGAUGAUGCACAAGCUCAUUAGCUGCUUUGAGUUCAAUGUUUAGUCACCAAAUCUAGCUUGUAAGAUCAAACUUGUUGAACUAAGUAGGUA